CUCAACCAAGCCCCCUUCGCGAUCUUUUAGAAGGAGAGAAAAUAAAAGAGUCAAAUCCAGUAAAUCAACUCUUGAUGAAGUCCAAUUUCAAAGGGCCAUAUCCCAGUUGUUGCCUAGAUUCACACCUGAAGAACUUUGCAAUGUUAUAACUCAGCAAGACGAUCCUAUUGUGUGUUUAGAGUUGUUCAAUUGGGCAUCACAACAGCCACGCUUCAAACAUGAUGUUUCUACUUAUCACAUUACGUAAAGAAACUUGGGGUAGCUAAAUGUAUGAAGAAAUGGAUGAUGUUGUCAAUCAAGUGCUUGCUAUUUCCUACAUUGGUUCUGAGGCACUUUACAAUUCCAUUAUCUAUUUUUUCACAGAAGCUCGGAAGUUGACUAGAGCUGUCAAUAUAUUUAAACACAUGCAGAAUAGCAGAAACUUGAAUUGCAGGCCUUCAAUUAGGACGUAUAAUAUUCUUUUUACGGCCUUUUUGAGUAGGGGAUCUAAUUCUUACAUAAAUCACAUGUACAUGGAGACCAUUAGGUGCCUGUUUAGGCAAAUGGUGGAUGAUGGGAUUGAACCUGAUAUUUACUCUUUGAAUUCUAUGAUUAAGGGGUAUGUACUUUCCCUUCAUGUCAAUGAUGCACUUAGAAUAUUCCAUCAGAUGGGUGUGGUCUAUAAUUGCUUGCCCAACUCAUUUUCGUAUGAUUAUCUCAUCCAUGGGUUAUGUUCCCAAGGCCGAACAAACAAUGCUAAGCAGCUGUGCAAUGAAAUGAAGAGUAAAGGGUUUAUCCCAAGUAGUAAAUCAUACAACUCGCUUGUGAACGCUUUGGCUCUUAAUGGAGAGGUUGAGGAGGCAGUGAAGUAUUUGUGGGAGAUGAUUGAGAAGCAAAGAUCAGCUGAAUUCAUUACUUAUAGGACAGUGCUUGAUGAAAUCUGCAGACAAGGAAGGGUGGGAGAGGCAAUGAGGUUGUUGAAGGAGUUCCAAGAGAAAGACCUUCUGAAUGGGCAUACUUACAGGAAGCUUCUAUAUGUGCUUGAAGAUGACUAUGGAGAUUCGAAUGCCCACUCUCAAUUCAGGUAGUGUCAUUGAUCAUUUGUAAGUACAUCUUUCCGAUUACUUUGAUGUUAUCUUCCACAAAUCUACCGGACUGCCAGUAUUGUUAGUGCGGGAUAGUGCCUAAAUUAGAGCCUAUAUGUGGUUGGCAGCUGGUGUGUGGCAAAAUUUUCUGAAUAGGUUGUUGAUAAGUGGAUCUGGUAAUUUGGAUAUGAAGAAGCAAUGGUAUAAAUUUUGAAUUCUUUUCUAUACCUGUCAUAUCAGUCACUUGUAGCCUAAUUGGCUGUAAGAUUUAUACAAUCUUUGUAACAAGUGUUUGGACGAAGGUUUUUAUAUACCUGUCAUAUCAAUCACUUGUAGCCUAAUUGGCUGUAAGAUUUAUACAAUCUUUGUAACAAGUGUUUGGACGAAGCUUUUUGUAUACCUGUCAUAUCAGUCACUUGUAAUAAGUUUUAUCUAUUGGAACAGGUUGAGUCUCCA